UCCGAUUCACAUUCACAAGCCCAUGAAACACCGCUGGGCUCAGUGUGACAGUCUCUCCGCUCGGACUUGGAAUUAUUCUCACAUUAUUUAAAGCAGCAGCACUAUGGAAGAUCCCAUGUAUCAGAUCAUGUUCGGAGAGCUCGGGGACCUGAAUUGUAGUUUGAUUGAUGCUCUCCAAGACACUUUUUUGGAAAACGCUUCAUUUUCAUUUCUGAGCACUGAUGGUUUCUAUUGCAAUGCCACAACGGAUGAGAUAGGAACCUGCUGGCCGCGGAGCAGCACCGGGAGGAUUGUAGAGAGACCCUGCCCUGAGUACAUCAACGGGGUGAAGUACAACACAACCAGGAGUGCUUACAGAGAAUGCAUGGAUAAUGGGACGUGGGCAUUGAAGAGCAAUUACUCCAAUUGUGAACCCAUUUUGGAGGAGAAGAGGAAAUAUCCGAUGCAUUAUAAAAUAGCGCUGAUCAUCAACUACCUGGGUCACUGUAUCUCUGUGGGAGCUCUAGUCGUGGCCUUCAUUCUCUUCUUGUGCUUAAGGAGUAUACGAUGUCUUCGAAACAUCAUCCACUGGAACCUGAUCACCACCUUCAUACUGAGGAAUGUUAUGUGGUUUCUGCUUCAGUUGAUCGACCACAAUAUCCAUGAGAGCAACGAGCCUUGGUGUCGAUUAAUUACAACAAUAUACAACUACUUUGUGGUGACGAACUUCUUCUGGAUGUUUGUUGAAGGAUGUUACCUUCACACAGCCAUCGUGAUGACUUAUUCAACCGAUAAGCUCAGAAAGUGGGUCUCUUUCAUCGGCUGGUGUAUUCCAUGCCCUAUAAUAAUAGCUUGGGCCAUAGGAAAGUUGUAUUAUGAAAAUGAACAAUGUUGGUUUGGUAAAGAACCUGGGAAAUAUAUGGACUACAUUUACCAGGGACCAGUUAUUCUUGUGCUUCUGAUAAACUUUGUUUUCCUUUUCAACAUAGUGAGAAUUCUUAUGACUAAACUAAGAGCUUCAACCACGUCUGAAACAAUACAGUACAGGAAAGCUGUGAAAGCGACGCUGGUCUUGUUACCUCUGCUGGGCAUCACCUACAUGCUCUUCUUUGUGAAUCCGGGGGAGGAUGACAUCUCACAAAUCGUUUUCAUCUAUUUCAACUCCUUUCUGCAGUCCUUUCAGGGGUUCUUUGUGUCAGUGUUUUACUGCUUCCUGAACGGAGAGGUACGUUCCGCAGUGAGGAAACGGUGGCACCGCUGGCAGGACAACCACGCCCUUCGAGUGCGAGUGGCACGAGCCAUGUCCAUCCCCACGUCUCCGUCCAGGAUCAGCUUCCACAGCAUCAAACAGACCACAGCCAUGUGACCAGCACAUAAUCUCCACUACAACAUCUAAAAAGGGAACAGACUUCAUCUUUUUGUCCAGUACAAACAAUGAAGUUGUUUACAGAACAGUCAA